GAGGGCCGCAAGCACCGCAACGCACAGGUCUCGCAGCACAGCAUGUCGCUCAUCAUCGCCACUGGCGCGCAUUCCGGCCUUCUUCUGCUUCUCACACGUCCAUCUUCAAGCGCACGCUCAGGCAUCGACAGUCUCUCUGCACUUCUCGCAUCGCACCCGCACAGCUCGCUAGCUGAGAUGCCGCUCGAUCUAGCCGACCUGCGCGCCGUGCGGGCCGCUGCGCCUCGGCUGGCGGAGCAGGUCAAGGCGCUGCAGCACGGCACACAGCGCACUGUCGUCUUUCUCAACGCCGCCAUCUGGCCCGAUGCCAAGCACAUGUCUGCAGACGAGGCCGGUGCGGCAGACGCGCUGCAUGUCGAUGGCAAUGUCGAGCAGAGCUGUGCCGUCAACUACCUCUCACACCUGAUUCUGCUCAAGCCGCUCCUCCCGCUGCUACUCGACACGCCGCAGGCACGCGUAGUCUUCACUUCUUCGGCGCUGCACCGCCGCGCUGAUCCCGCCAAUCUCGACUCGCUCUUCUCCAGCUCCGCACCAAGCUCUGGGCGAGAUCUCUACGUGCACUCAAAGUUCCUACAAGCGCUCGGCGUGCGGCGUCUCGCGCGGCGACUCUCUGCGUCGCAUCCCGAUGCUAGCCUGCAGCUCGUAGCCGUGCAGCCCGGCUUUGUGCCGACGACAGGACUCGGACGGCAAGCGUCACUCUUCGCUCGCGCAGGCAUGUACGCAAUGUCGUACCUUCCGCUGCCGUUCCUCGAGAGUGAGGAGAAGGCGGGCGAGACGCUCUGUGAUGCGCUGGCGAAGCCUCUCGAGGCGUUCGAGCGGCAUUCAACGGCACAGCAAGAAGCGCAAGCAGGCGUCAGCGAGACUUGGCUCGUGAAGGGCGGCAAGGUGGCGCGGCCUGAUGAGCGGACGGGAGAUGAGGCACUGCAGGACAAGUGGUGGCCCGCAGAGCUCGCAGACGAAUGAGAUCGUUGUCCAAGCAUGAGCAUUGCACCGCACGCCCCCGCUCCGUCUAUGUCCGGUCGGCAAUCGUGUAGUUGCCGUACGACUUGCCCAUCUCGAACUGCUCCCAGCGGCUGGCGGGAAAGACGUGCGAGUUGCGAUUGUACCACGAGCGCUCGACGACUUUGCCAGCGUGUGACUGAACGA